AUGCCGGCUGUUGCCGCCGCCGCCGCCGCCGCCGCCGCCGAGCCCCCGCGGGUCCAGAAAUGGGACAAUGGACUGACGCUCAUCCACGACUUCAUCAGCCCCGAGCAAGAGGCCGCCAUCAUAUCCGCCUUUCACGAGGACCACCGGCCAUCAUCAUUAGCAGCAACAACAGCAGCAGCAGCCACGGAGGCGGCAUCCAAGAAGCGCCUCAGCCAGCACUUUGGCUUCCACUUCGACUACACCACCUUUGGCGCGUCCGAGACCGUCUUCACACCGCUGCCGGGCUACAUGGACGACAUCCUCGCGCGGCUGCCGGUCCGCGGCGACGGGCUGCCAGACCAGUUCACCGUGCAGUACUACCCCCCGGGGGCCGGUAUCCCGCCGCACGUCGACACGCACUCUCUGUUCGGCGAGGCCCUGUACAGCCUCUCGCUGGGGAGCGCCGUGCCCAUCAAGUUUCGCCGGUGCGGCGCGCGGGAUGCGCGGCGGAUGCGGCUCCCCAAGCGGUCCCUAGCCGCCUCCAAACCCAACGAGAAGGAGGAGAGGGAGACCUCGACGACGACUUCGCCGCUGCCGACCACGGCUCCAGAAGCGUCCGAUGCAGGAGACGACGCAGAGGACGCGGCGGGCGACGAGAUGGAGCUGUUUCUUCCGCCGCGGUCGCUGCUGCUUAUGAUGGGCCCUGCUAGGUACGGCUACACGCAUGGCAUUAGGGCGCGGAAAACGGACGUCGUGGCCGGCCGCACCGUCGCCCGGACGGGGAGGUAUUCCAUCACCAUGCGCAGCGUUAAGAGGGGCGCCGGCAUUGGCUGCGCGUGCGACUUUCCUGGCGUGUGCGACGCGCGGAUCGCGGAGGAGGAGGAGGAGGAGGCAGCGCGUGCGUCCAAGGACAAGUCGUUGUCAUGA